AUGUCCAACGUCCUCUGGAAAAGUUUCAAUCUCUGUUUUGCCAAAUUCAAGUGCCUCCCCACCAUCACUUUUUCGUCGCAGCCGCCACUGAAGGAAGAAGAAAAAGAAGUUGAGCAAAAUCCUAAAAACCCUUCAGCCUUAAUCAAGAAUUUCAAUUCUCUCUUUGAUCAUCAUUUGAAUGAUUCUGAUACUGAUACUGAUUCCAUUCCUGACUUUGCUCCUGUCCUCGCCUCCCAACGCUUCUUCUUCUCCUGCCCCGGCCGCUCCAACGCAAUCAUUGAGCCACCAGAAUCCCCCCCACGGCAGGCGGUAGUCGAUGGCGGAGUUGCGAUUCAGACCUACUCUCUAAACCCGUAUGCAGAAUUCAGAAAAUCAAUGCAGGAAAUGAUAGAAGAGCGUGAGUUUACAGAUGUUGAGGCCGAUUUCGAGUUCUUGCAUGAGCUUCUUUUAUGUUAUUUAACGUUAAACCCUAAACACAACCACAAGUUCAUUAUUGGUGCAUUUUCUGACGUCAUUGUAUCGCUUAUGUCGUCGUCACCAUCUGUCGAUGACUUUUGCUGGAAAACUCAAGGCUAG